CUUUACCAAAGACUGGUUUACCCUUAACUUUAGUAAAUUCUCUCCAUCAUCUUCAAUCUUCCGACCCCAUUAAAAAAAUCCCACAAUUACUUUCUGCCACUCUCUCUCUUUCAAACCAUGACAAGUUCCUCCACUCAAUCUCGCAAGGCUUUAAGCAAGAUCGCCCAAAAUCGACUCCAAAAAGAACUUGUUGAGUGGCAGCUUAAUCCUCCCGCUGGCUUCAAACACAAGGUCACCGAUAAUCUUCAGAGAUGGGUGAUCGAAGUUUCUGGAGCACCUGGAACUUUGUAUGCAAACGAGACUUAUCAGCUUCAAGUUGAUUUUCCAGAGCAUUAUCCUAUGGAAGCACCCCAGGUUAUAUUUGUACCUCCUGCACCUCUGCAUCCUCACAUUUACAGCAAUGGGCACAUCUGUUUAGAUAUUUUAUAUGACUCUUGGUCCCCAGCGAUGACAGUCAGCUCAAUUUGUAUCAGUAUUCUUUCAAUGCUGUCAAGCUCUACCUCAAAGCAACGCCCUGCAGACAAUGACCGUUAUGUGAAGAACUGUAGGAACGGUAGAUCUCCGAAGGAGACGAGGUGGUGGUUUCAUGACGAUAAAGUGUAAUAUAUGAGUAGUGUUUGUCAGACCUAUUGAAACACUGUUUUAUAGAAUUGACUUCUAGGAUGAAUACUGCCUCCUAUCUCCAGGAGAUGUUGAAGUGGAUGCGGGAGUAAAAAGGAUUUAUGUUAACCCUCUUGUUUAGCUCAGGGGAUGAUAUGGAUAACCUCUAAAAUGUGGAAACAUCAGAUUUAAAGCAAUGGCUUCUGAUUUAAAAGUAUGAGAAAGUUAGCAGGUUCGUUUAA